AUGAUCUUCUGGAAGAACAGUCCAGACUUGCCCUCACAAUAUUUCCCCGAUUCUCGAUUCAUUUGGAACCAGGCAACCGAAACGUUGUUUUCAGAACUCCACAUAUCACCAGGGAUAUCCACCAUCAUCGCAAUCAUCCUCAACGUCGGUGGCAGACCAACAACAUCGAUGAUCAUGAAUGAGAUUCAGUUGGGAGCUGCUGUAUCGCUCGCACAGUCAUUGGGUCUUAACCGAGAUCCUGUAGACUGGAAUAUCUCUAUGCCGGAGAAGUGUCUGCGAAUGAAGAUUUGGUGGGCACUUAUUGUUCAUGAUAAAUGGUUAAGCCUUGCAUAUGGCACGCCGCCACAAAUAAAGCGAUAUCAGUACGACGUGCCGGAUCCGUCGCUGGAGUAUCUUACCACCAAAGAUGCUACAAACGCUCAGAUCCAAGCCGCCUCGGUGUUCAUGGCCCUUGUCACACUGACAGGUGUUCUCGACAAGUUUCUGGACCAUGUUUAUGACCUAAACCAAGAUCGUGACCAGGAUAGCGGCCAGACUUCCCUUGACUUGGAGCUAAGCCUUGGGCAGUGGGAAGACUCGUUAAGCGAUGAUGUCAGAAGAAUCAUCACCCGCGGGAAUAAUCUGCACAUCCCCGGUGCCGCAAACCUGCGGCUGGCGUAUCUCUCAACCAAGUUGCUGCGUAGAAGGAUCGAGCUCGAUAUCGAAAAGCAAGAAGAUACGGUGCCCGGAGACUCGUUGACGAACCGUUACAUUCAGGUCCGCCGGGCAGCCGAGGAAAUCGUCCUCCUCGUGCAGGAACUGGGGGAAACCCACCUGAAUGACUUUUGGCUACCAGUCAGUGCUUUUGCCUUCACGUCAGCCAUUACAUUUCUGCUGCGCUGUGCCCUUGAAACGGAGAACACAGCUGGCGGCUUGGCUCAAAGCGCAUCCCUCAAGUUGGCAAAGAACCUGAUCGAUUCUUUGCAAUCUCAUCAACAAAACUCUGGAUGGGAUCUGGGCGAUCUCUGUUUGGCUCAGUAUGCCGAGGUUGUUGAAAGACUGUUGACUGCGGAUAGUCCGUCUGCGACCGUGCCUGAGUUCCAGCAGUUAAUGAUGUCGUCGGAGGUUCCGAUUAUUGAUGAGCUUUUCCCCAAUCUCUGGGAUAUGUUUUGA